UAGAGAAACUUAGCAUAUCAAGUAUCAAAUCUCGAAAUGAAAGCCAUUCUAGUGGUCUGUUUUCUCUUGCUUUCCACAUUUUUCAUUCCUUCUUCAAAUGCAGCUAGAGAUUUAGCAGAUCAAUCUGCAGUAGGAUUACCUUAUGAGGAUCCUGAUAAGCCAGUAGUUACGUGUGGUCGUGGAAAGUCAUAUCGUGAAUGUCUACCCGGCCCCAGGAAGCCACUAUCUCCUCCUUUAACGCCGCUAUCUACACCUGUGACUUCACCAUCUCAAACUGCAACUACGCCAUCUCCACCUAGCAAGUCCUUCCCUGAGUGUGGUCGUGGAAAGCCAUAUACUUCAUGCAUUCCAAAGCCACCAAAACCUUGUUUCAUCUACGGUCGCGAAGGUUGCUCAUCACCUUAAACCCCUUUUGAGUUUUAGAUUAUGGCUAUAAAUAAGUCAUCUUUGUUUGAUGUAUAUAUAUGGUUUGGGGUUUGUGAUGCCUCUAAUUCGCAGUGUUGUAAUAAUUUGCACUCAAUAAGCUACGGCCUUUUUCUUUCUUCUUUUUUGCCCCUUUUGUUACAAUGAACCCUGAGAACCAUGUAGUUUGCAGUAU